GUUAACUCGCUACCGAACCUGCAAUCUACUAAACUCAUCUUUUUGAGCCCCAUACAACCGCAUACAUCUCAGGCAUAGCCGCAUAGUCUGGCAAGAACGCCAAAAUGUCAGAACGUAAAGUGCUCACAAAGUACUAUCCCCCAGACUUCGAUCCGAGCGCCAUCAAGCGCACGCCGAAACACCUCCGAAAGACCGGACCCAAAGUCAUCACCGUCCGUCUGAUGGCGCCGUUUUCCAUGAAAUGCACACAAUGCGGAGAAUACAUCUACAAGGGCCGGAAAUUCAACGCGCGCAAAGAGACAACCGAAGAGAAAUACCUUUCCAUUUCCAUCUACAGAUUCUACAUCAGAUGCACACGGUGCAGCGCGGAGAUCACCUUCAAGACGGAUCCGAAGAACAUGGACUAUGUCUGUGAGAGGGGGGCGAAAAGGAACUUCGAGCCAUGGCGGGAUCCGAAGGCGGAGAAUUACAAUGAGACAGAGCAGGAGACGCUCGAUCGGUUAGAACGAGAAGCCAACGAGGAGCAAGAGAGGUUGGAGAGGGAUAAGAUGGCGGAGCUGGAGGAGAAGAUGCUCGAUUCCAAAAGGGAAAUGGCGAUUGCGGAUGCCUUGGAUGAGAUCCGGACCAGGAAUGCACGAAUCGAGAGGAAUGAAGCGCAGGGCGGUGAUGCUGCCUUGGCUGUUGUGAGGGAUGAAGUUGAUGAGGAACGCUUAAGGGCCGAGAGGGAAGAUGAGGAAGCUGCCAGGAGAGCGUUCAUGACGGCUCGGGGAGAACGUGUUAAGAGGAUUGUCGACGAGGAGGAUAUGGAGAAGGCUGCUGCUGGUCCUUCGGAGAAGAAGUCCGAUGUUCCUCCUCCCCCAUCGUUCGCGAGAGUCAAGAAGCCCAAGAAGCCAUUAAUAAAUGGUCUGGGAAUAAAAAAGAAGCCGUCUCUUGUAUAAUGGUUUUAGACAUUCACUGCGGGAAAUGCCCGGCAUCAUAUUUCAACUUAGCGAUUGUCUUUGUGGCGUUUAGGGAUAUGGGAUGUGAGACAUUUGAGUAUGGCUAGAUAGUCAAGUUGAUGAAAUUUUAAGCAUGCAACAUUAUGAUACAUGAACAACCAGAACCAUAAAAUUGAAUAUCAAAAAAAGACA